AUGUCUUCUUCCAGCUACAAGCAAGGUGACAAGGUCGAGUACCGCCCCAUUGGUGGUGACGCCGACAACGUCGCUCACUCCACCGGCACCAUCGAGAAGGUCACCGAGGCCGAAGAUGGGACUCAGCGCUACACGAUCAAGAACGACAACACCGGUAAGGCCACGAACUACCAGGAGAUGAACAUUGUCAAGAAGCUCUGA